AUGCUGCAAAUCAAUAAAAAAAUCGCAGCACCGCAGUGGGAGGAUGAUGUGGAAAUUGAGUUCUAUAGGGAAGUGAGUAACGGUCUAUGGUUGGAAGAUUCAACUGAUACUCUGGUGAACUAUUACGCUGAACAGGACGCCCAAGAGUUUCUCAGAUACCUUCUCGAAGGCCUUCAUAAAGAUGUGAAUAGGAUAACAGAAAGGUAUGAACUAAUCUUCACAGAAGUAGAUGAGAAACUUAGUGAUCAUGAAAAGGCCCAAGAGUCUUGGUCUAGGUAUUUGAGAAUAGAAAACUCGAUUUUUGUAGAAAAUUUUGUUGGUCAAUUGAAAUCAACUUUGAGAUGUUCCUAUUGUGGACAUUGCUCUAUGGAGUCGGCGGCGUUUUUCGACCAAAUAUCUGAAAAUCUACGAAGCGACAUUCCCCAACAUCUGGUUAACUUAUUAAUUGUAACUGGUUACGGUACUGCAGCCACGUUAAAAAACAUCACCAAAAGCGACAUCAAGGCUAUAGAAAAGUUUGCUCGAGAAAAAUUGCCCACCUUGGUUGCCAAAGAAGAGAGAGGGAAUUUUUAUGGUCCCCUCUAUUGUCAAAAACCAGAACAUUUCGUUUUGGUAGAUGGGUUCGUCAAUCUCAUCCUCCUUAUGAGGGAUUCUCUGAGACCAAAGAGUGAAUUCUUCAAGGAUGCUUCUACGAUGACCGAAAAAGUUAUGGAAUUAUGCGAAGGUACCCAUUCGAUUGGAAUACACCAUUCAACGUCAACUUUGGGUUGCUCUUCAGAUGGCGAGGUUGAUGCUGGAGUCAAUGGUUCUUCAAACAGUAACUCACUGAUUGCCGAGAAUGCAAAUGUUGCAAGAAUAGUGCGCACUUGGGCGAAGAAUCGUGUGGGUUCUGAAGAAUGGACCGCAAAACACAUUCAUUUCAAUAAUGUAUUUAACAACAUCAAAUAUGAGACAGCAUAUCACAACACUUCCGAGAAUGAUGGACUUAUAUGUAAGGUUACUUGCUGUUGCAAAAACUUCUUCAACGUCAGACAGUUUUCAAAAAAAUCAACAACAAAACCUCGGUGGGUUUUGUCAAAUUUUUAUAGCCACCUGCAGCAAAAACAUUUUACUGAUCAAGAUAAAUUACCCAACACAUGGAACAAAGACGGUGUAGAAAAAAACAAAAAAAAAACAGGAGAAGUCAUGAAAGAGAACAAGACUCAAACCAAAAUAACAGCAUUCACUACGGUCGAGACUACAGUUAUUCCAGAAGUGAUACCACCAGAUCCUCUACUAGACACUGAAAAUGUUAGUCUUUCAUCACCUGACAUAGUCGAUAAGACUGAAGUUAACAACAAACCGAAAAUAUUACAAUGUCUGAUGUUUGACAAUUUUAAAAUGACGAAGCGACAUACCACUGUUGGAGACAAAGAAAAUGUCUUAAAUAUAAGUUCCUUUACCCCUCAGCAAUCAUCUGAUUUGAAAAUAAGCAAUGUUCCAACGAAAAAUAUCACAAAUGUGCCUUCAGCAGAUUAUUCUCAAAAUAUCAAUAGAAUAACCGACAACACAGGUUUCACUAGCCCAGUGAGACCAAAUGUACCUCUAAUAGAUUGGCCAGACCAGGAGCAUGAAACAUCUGCUGAAACCUCUAGCAUGGUCAGCUCAACAGGAGACGAAGCAGGUCUUCAUCAGAUUCUCAAUAGCAUAGCCGGAGACACAUGUUUAGCUAGCCCAACAUUACGAGAUGUAGAUUGGUCAUAUCAGGAGCAUGAAAAAUUUGCUGAGAACUCAUGCACGACUAGAUCACAAGAAGAUUCGACACAUCUCCCAAAACAAACACUUGAACAGUAUCCUGAAAAUAUAGAUUUUGCACGCAGUUUGGUCAAGAUGGUUCCAGAAAGAGCUCUAGAGAUUGAUCAUUCGCAUUCUCAUUUUGAAAAUCAUCAGAGUCUGGCUCGAAAUAGUUCUGUUACUGAGAUUAUUUCAGAAAAAAUCGAUCAAAAUGACACAUGCCCCACAACAAAGCAGCGCUCAAUCAAAUGGAGAUCAAUCAAAUAUUCAAGGCUAGAAAGAGAGAGACGAAGACGUGAGGCUUCCGUUUCUUCAGAACAAACUGAAAUCACAAAAUUCUUCCCAAUUAUUGACAAAAUAUCCGAGACGCUAUCAGGUAAUCCAAAUAGUUUAUCUUUCCACAAUGACCCUACUGCCAGCACUAAUGCUUCGGACACAGAAACAAAGAAUGCAAAUUUAAGCAAAUUCUUGCAGGACAUAUUAGAGCAUGCGUUAAGAAAUAGUGACCCUAAGAAAAAGAACAGCUUCGAAAGUAACUUGAAACAAUUCGGAAUAUACAUUUAUUAUAUUGGUGGUAGACAACUAUACGAAACCUUGCACGCCAAUUUACAUAAUGUUCUACCAUGCAUAAGAACACUGCAAAAAUUUACAUUUCAACAGCGGAUCGGCUAUGAACCAGGUAAAUUAAAUAUGAGACAACUGAAUACUUUUUUGGAGAAGCGAAAUUUGAAGAAGGUAAUAUGGGUUUCUGAAGACUGCACAAGACUAACCAGCACAAUUGAAUAUGAUAGUACAACAAACAGUAUCUUUGGUUUUUCCUCUCCACUGGAGAAUGGUCUUCCGAUACCUCAUGCUUUCCAGGCAACGUCUUCCGAAAAAAUACAAAGUAUGUAUCGUAAUUCAUCAAAGGCAGAUUACGCUCUAAUCAUAGUAGCACAAGCAUUGGAGAACGAAGCACCACCGUUUUGUCUUAGUGUGUAUGGUACAGACAAUAAAUUCAAUGCUAGGGACGUGUCUCUGAGGUGGAAAAGCAUUAAAGAGGAAGCUGUUAGUUAUGGAAUAAGAGUUCUCGGUAUAUCUUCAGAUGGAGAUCCCAGAUUGCUCAAAGCAAUGAAAGUGGAGGCAGGCUUUAUAAAGGAUUCGACUUCUUGGACUCAUUUGGAUUAUUCUCACACUGAUACUUGCUAUUUGCAAGACAGCAUACAUAUAAUAGUCAAGCUCAAAAAUAAGUUUUUGGACCAUAAAACGAAUUUGAUUCUUGGAAAAUAUACUGCCAAAGUUGACGAUCUGAGUGAGUUGAUUAAAAAUUUUUCGAAAGACAAACAUCUUUUGACAUCUUCAAAUAUAAGCAACGAAGAUCGCAUGAACUAUGAAAAUGCAAGAAGAAUUUGCGAUCAAAGAGUAACUGACUUGCUUUCAAACGUACAAAAUACUAAUGGAACGAAAACAUUCCUCAAAAUCAUGAAUUACUUGAAUUCUGCGUUCGUAGAAAAAAGUUGUGAUCUCGAAGAAAUUGUGUACAAAACAUUUUUCUCAAUUUUUUUCCUGAGAAUUUGGAGGCAUUCAGUUAAAUUGAAUCAAGACUUGAAAUUACAACAAAAUUUCAUCACACUGAAUGCAUACACCUGCAUUGAGCUCAAUGGCGCAAUGUUGAUAAAAUUGAUACAUUUAUUUCAGACAGAUAACUCGUUGUAUCAGCAGAUGUUUCGACUCUGGUUGAUGAACAGCCAAGACUGCGAAACGACUUUCCGGCAUACAAGGUCUAUGGCACCAACCGAGACUACUGCAAUCAAUUUUACUCUGAAACAAUUGACCCACAAGCUCGAGAGAAUCCAGUACCUGAACAACCUGAAACACGACCUCAAAGACACAUACGUAUUUCCCAGAGAAACAAGAAAGCAACUGCUACAAGAGAAAUACGGCACUCUCAAUGUGUCAAACAUAGAUACAGACGGCAUUUUGAAAAAAUGUUUAGAAGACGCAAUUUCAGAAGCAGAAUCUUUGGAAAUGCCAGUUGAUGUGAAUGCUGUUUACACAUUGGAUAUCAACAUAGAGAGACCAGCUGAUAUGAUGACUAGCCAGGAUUUUGAGCAUGUGCUAAUUCGUCAAUACCCCAAACGGAAGAAGAAUAUCCCUGAUGGCCCGCCCUGUAUUCUCCUGCAUCCUACAUUCUUUCGCCUAGCGCCGAAGAUUUCUAAUGAUGGACCAAUAAGCUGGUAUGUAGACGGUGUAAAUUUAUGA